AUGGUCAAGAAAUGUGCUCAGAUGAUUGCGAACAGCAGUGCGGACAUUAAGCCGGUGCACGUGCGCUGUGCCGCACAAGUAGUUAAUCUCAUCGUUCAGGCAGCCCUCAAUGCACCGGGUGUGAAAAAGCACCUUGACAAACUGCGCAAAUAUAUCGUCAAGGCUAAGAAAAUACCGGAGUCCGAGCCGGUGGCUAUUCGUCUUGAAGAAUCACUGGGAAAGAUCAUUGAAAGACUAAAAGAAGACGAUAAGUCCAAGCCGAUUGGUGAACGACUAGAAAAAGGUAUCCGUGGUGAUGGUAUCAGCAACAGCGAGGAGAACUUGGUUAAUGGGGAUAUAGUACAACCAGUGCAAAGGUCCUCUUCACACGAGGAGGUGAUAGACAAGCACGUUAUUUCAUUUACUCCAGCUCCAGAUGUUCAUGUGGCAGCAGCCCUUGAACUUCUCAGGAAUGUUGGACUUGACAAAGUAGAGAAGGAUAUCUUCAGCAGCAACGAGUUUAUGCUGUGGUCAAAACAAAUUGCUGAAAAGUACCGGGCGGAACCACGCGAGGGAGUUCGCGUUAUGUGGACAACAUUGGCCAAACAUGAUUUGGAAAAAUUGAAGAAAUCCAUUUCGGAUACUGAAGUUGUCGACGGUAAAUUAGCCUUUGGUGAUCGCUUUAAAGAUUCGUUGAUUGACUACAUCGCCAUUGCUGAGGAUGUUGAGGACCUACAGAGUUUUGCAAUUCAUCUUGAAGACUCGUUGUUUAGUCUCUGUCGUAAGCUGGUGAAAGGCAAGACUAUUGAAGGUUUAAGGUCGCCGGUUAUGGUACUGUUAUAG